UUGUGUUCAAUAAAAUGUUGCAGUGAUAUGUAUAUGUCUGCAUGUUCACUAUAUAAUAAUAUUGCCUUUACAAAUAUAUUAUCUAGUAUUUAAUCUACGAAAUUACACUGCAUGUUAAACAUGUUUUUUUUUCCAGUAGUUCAAUAAUUGUUUCAAUUAUUUCCCACUAUUUAACAAUGCACCUGUUUCAGCCCUGUGGAUUAUGAGGAAGAUGAAGCUGUGGAUGAGGCCAUAAGACGCAGUCUUUUGGAAGAGUCGGUCUUGCUUGAUUCAAGGUCUUCAGAAGUUUUGACCAGAGAAGAGAUAACUGGAAUUCUGAAAGCACAUGCCGAAAUGGUUGUUACCCCAACGCCGAGACCAAUCUUCAUAAGCCGGAGUAAUGUUUGGACCACUGCCUUUCGGCAAUUCAACAGACCCAGAUUUUCAGAGAGCUCUGGAAUGCUUUAUGUCACGUUUGCAAGUGAUGAAAUGGAGGAAGAUGCUGAAGAUUUGGGAGGGCCACGACGAGAGUUCUUUCGUUUGCUUGUGAGGGCUAUCUUCCAAGGCAGUGGAGCAUUUGAAGAGUCUCCCAACGGGUUUACUCCAAAGCUGAACAUAGCUCAUGUGCAAAACGGAGUGUACAGAACCAUUGGAAAGAUGAUGUCUACCAUAAUAGUCCAAGGUGGUGAACCACCAGCAUUCCUUGCACCACAUGUAGUGGACUACAUUGUGACUGAAGAUAUCCUGCAAGUACGUGUCACUCCUGAUGACAUAGCUGACGCGGAGUUAAGGGAUUCUCUGAAGAAGGUCAAACAAGCAAGCACAGUGGAUGAGCUAGAGGAAGCGCUGGACUGCUGUGACACAUGGAGAUUUCAGAUUGAGGGUCUUCCAAACCCAGUCACCAUGGACAGAAGAAAUGAAUUUAUUAGGAAUGCAACAUUGUAUCAUGUCAUCUUGCAUCAACAAAGUUGCUUCAAUCAACUGAUGGAUGGUCUAUCCUACUAUGGAGUACUUCCACUUCUGAGGGAACAUCGUAGCAUGAGAAUCUUUCUUGACAUGCCUGAGAAGAGAGAUGAGGUCACAGCAGAAGUUCUUGCUUGCCUCUUAAAGCCAAGCUACUCUGUCCUGGGCAGCAACAAAAGGCCAAAAGAGGAGCUCAUGGUUGUAAAGUUCAGAGAAUUUCUCCAGUGUGUGGAGAAUAAAGAGCUUGGUGAAAUCCUUGGGGCCAGAACACUGACUGAAGAAGAGAAGGACUUCGUUCAGAACUUGGGCCUCGGUCACAUCCUGGCUUUUGCAACAGGGAGCAGCAAAAUUCCAGCUGUUGGAUUCCAGCCAAAUCCCAAAAUCGUCUUCAUUCAUGACGAGAUUAAGCGUCAUCCGGUUGCGCACACCUGCUCAAAUGAGCUUCUCAUAUUUGUCAAUGCCAAAAACAUGGCUGAUGAUGACGAAUUUGAGUACUGCUUUGUGGUGGCCCUGAUGAAUGGAGCCUUGUUUAGCACCAUUUAAGGACACUUGUAGUGACGGCACAUUGUCACACAUGGUUUAAGUGUGUUUCGACUACUGACCUGUCAACUGCAUUGUAUAUUUAUGUUCCAGUGGCUAUAGUUAACUUUACAAUGUUUAGGAUAACCUACAAAUGUUGCUGUGAUGGU